UUUUGCGCAUCUUGGUGACCUCAAGUUUUAUAUAGUUUUUUUCUAGAGGAGUUUUCUAAAUCAAUAAGUAUAAUAUUUGGUGUCAAUAUGUCUUAUAAAAUAUAUUCUAAAACGAAUUGUUACGUUCUGGGCAAAAGUUACGUGGGAAAUACUUUCUUUGGUGGCACUAAUCAAGUGGGAAAGGCCAUACAUAUAUCGACAAAUUUGCGAUUCCCGUUAGCAGCUGCCCUAAAGCUGCCGACUAAUGUGGUCGACAUCAAUGCGGCUGAAAUGGGCCGCUUUUCUCCACUGAGGGAACGAGACCUAUCCGGUCCUGUAAUUAAUGCCUAUGACAAGAAACAGGAUUUCUCGCAAAUUGAUAUAACAAGCCAACCCGACCCUCACAUCAACAAGUAUGAUUGUCGUGGAGCUGUUAAUCUUUGCUCUUCAAUGCAGAGCAAUGUGCCGAGCCCCUUCAGUGGGAACCACACGCACUUGAACAUGCCGGGCUCUCAGUGGGGACAGGGCUACAAAUACUUAUCAGAUCAUCUCCAUAGUGCUCAUUAUCUCACAUUAAGGAAUGAGUACAGGGACAAAGCCUUGAACUCAGCUGUAAUACUGGGAAGAAGAAACAUGAGUACCAUUCCAAAUCCCCCAAUGAGUGCCAAAGAAAAGUUGAAAAAAGCUGUCAAAGAAUAUGGUUCCACUGUGAUAGUGUUUCAUAUCACAAUCUCACUAAUGUCAUUGGGGGGAUGUUAUCUCCUAGUAUCUAGCGGCGUGGAUCUAGUUGCAGUCCUGCAGAAGCUGAAUAUUGGAGAGGGAACUGUUUCAAAAUUGGUAUCAUCAAAUGCUGGAACUUUCGUAAUAGCCUACGCUGUUCACAAAGUGUUUGCUCCAGUGAGGAUGGCAAUCACGUUAACAGCCACACCAUUUAUUGUGAAAUAUUUAAGGAGUAUAGGUAUAAUAAAAAGGCAACUAAAUUCUGGUGGUGGGAAGUAAUAAGGUAUCUAGUAUAAGAAAAUGUAGCAUUUUAAUGUUGGUAUUAAAUGGUAUUAUAUAAUAAGACACUCUUAAACUCAAGAUAAUUCUAGAGUAUGACUCAGAAUCAAUAUGUUAUUGUGAUUAACACAUUUAGAAUGCCAUGGCGCAUUGCGUCGAUCAAUAUGUAAAUGAAUUCAAAUAACUUGUGGCAUUGCAAGUUUCAGUAAGCAGGUUGACAAAAAUCUACAAUUUAUAUUUUUAACUUUUACAAAUUAACAUAAUAACCGGAAGUAAAUAAAUACAUAUCUUAAAAAGA